CAGCCGGGCUUUAAAAGUCUUCGCGGGGACGGAUUCGCCUCCACGCCACCCCACCGUCCCCAUGGCCCCUGCGGUGCCACUGGCUCUCCUGGCACUGGUGGCCUUGCUGGCCCCAGGGCUCGGGGUGGCCUUCCCCGGCUGUGACUACCCGGUCCACCUCUGGUGCAGCUCAUGGGAGAUCGCCGUCGCUUGCCAGGCGGAGAGCCGCUGUGCCAACCUCUCGCGCCCAGCGGCCGCCCCUGUGGAGCUGAGCCUGUUCUAUGAGAGCCUGUGCCCGGCGUGCCGCGGGUUCCUGGUCCAGGAGCUCUUCACUGCCUGGCUGCUGCUGCCCGAGGAGGUCCUGAGCAUCACCCUGGUGCCCUAUGGCAAUGCCGAGGUAGGAGCCGGCCCGAUCCGGUGCCGCGGGCGCUCGCUGGGGCACCACCGGCCCCGCUCAGACCGGUUGGUCCUGCAGGAGAGAAACGUCAGUGGGAAGUGGCACUUCCAGUGCCAGCACGGCCCGGAGGAAUGUUUGGGCAACAUGAUCGAGACCUGCCUGAUGCACGAGGCCAAGAACUUCAGCACCUACUUCCCCGUCAUCUUCUGCCUGGAGUCGGGCAGCUCCGUCACCAAGAACCUGGAAGCCUGCCUGCAGGUUUACGCCCCGCAGCUGGACGGCGGCCGCAUCGCCGCCUGCGUUCAGGGGGACGUGGGGGCCGCCCUGAUGCACCGCAACGCCCAGUUGACUGAGGCGCUCGACCCCCCACACCAAUACGUGCCCUGGAUCGUCAUCAACGGGAAGCAUACGGAUGAGCUGCAGGCGCAGGCCGAGGCCUCGCUGCUGGGGCUGAUCUGCCACCUCUACCAGGGGGAGAAGCCCAAAGCCUGUGGGGGCUCGCGGGCCCCGAAGGCCCCGGCUGGCUGCAGGCGCUGAGGGACGACGUGGGAGCACUGAG